AUGGUACCACAACCAAUGCCCUCGGCGCUGACCUUCGAGUUGAUCGCCCGCUGUUCAACCACCAAAGCGCGCGCCGCGAACCUGACACUCCCCCAUGGUCCCGUCCAACUCCCUCUAUUUAUGCCCGUCGCGACUCAGGCCUCGCUGAAGGGUCUGACGCCGCAGCAGCUCGAAGCAACUGGCUGCCGCCUCUGUCUGAACAAUACCUACCAUCUCGGAUUGAAGCCCGGGCAGGAAGUGCUCGAGAAGGUCGGAGGCGCGCAUCGGCUCCAAGGAUGGAAGCACAAUAUUCUGACGGACAGUGGCGGCUUCCAGAUGGUCAGCCUUUUACAGCUGGCGAAGAUCACCGAGGAAGGCGUCCGGUUCCUCAGUCCGCAUGAUGGAACCCCGAUGUUGCUCACGCCCGAGCACUCGAUCUCGCUGCAGAAUACGAUUGGGAGUGAUAUUAUUAUGCAACUGGACGAUGUGCUGGUUACGACGUCCCCGGAUGCGAAAAGGAUGCGCGAGGCCAUGGAGAGAAGUGUGAGAUGGCUGGACCGGUGUAUAGCAGCACAUGCGAAUCCGAAUACGCAAAACCUCUUCUGUAUCAUUCAAGGCGGCUUGGACCUCGAGAUGCGGAAAGAGUGUUGCGAGCAGAUGGUUGCGAGGGGAACGCCUGGAAUAGCCAUCGGGGGGCUCAGUGGCGGGGAAGCCAAAGCGGAUUACUGUCGUGUGGUUAAUACGUGCACAGGUCUCCUUCCGGAGCUGAAGCCAAGAUACGUGAUGGGCAUCGGCUAUCCCGAAGAUCUGGUCGUCAGCGUUGCGCUGGGAGCCGAUAUGUUCGACUGCGUAUGGCCAACGAGAACGGCUAGAUUUGGGAACGCCAUCACGAAACACGGCGUUCUGAAUCUCAAGCAUGCCCGGUAUGCAAAUGACUUUGGGCCUUUAGAAGAAGGAUGUGGGUGCGUCUGCUGCCGGACAGGCGAGGGAAAGCUGGAUAUCACGAGGGCUUUCGUCCAUCACGUCGCUGCGAAGGAAACCGUUGGGGCCCAUCUACUGACCAUGCACAAUGUAUGGUAUCAGCUGGCUCUGAUGAGAAGCGUCAGGGAAGCCAUUAUUGAGGAUAGGUUCCCAGCUUUGCUGAGGACCUUCUUCUCGGACCUCUACGGUGGUGUCAAAUCCCAGUAUCCGGACUGGGCUGUCGAGGCUCUACGGUCGGUCGGGGUUGAUCUGCUGGUGGAUUAA